GGGCUGCCGGCUGGAGAAGGCUCCCCGGAGUUGGAAGGGGAGGGCGGGGGGACGACCGGAUCCCGACCCCAACCUGCCAGAUGAGCAGCGCCGCGCCCUGCCCAGAGCUGCCGCCGGCCUUCGCGGGGGGCCCCGUCUGCGCCCGCCCCUGGGCCCACUCGACGUCAGCGGCGGCAAAGGUUGCCCCGGAGACGUGGCUCGACGCCGUCUGGACCGCCGCGGGACUCCUGGAGGACGACGAGGCACCGGGAGGCAGCAGCAGCAGCACCGCCGCCGAUCAGUUCUGCAAUUUGGGCAUCUCCCUCCAAGACGAUGCAGAAUCUGGAGACCAGCUCUCCAUGCAACUCUACAGGAACAAACAGCUUCAAGACACCCUCUUGCAGAAGGAGGAAGAGUUGGCCAGGUUGCAGGAGGAGAACAACCACCUCAGGCAGUUCCUGAACUCAGCUCUGGUCAAGCAGUUAGAGGAGAAAACCAAGAAGCUGCUGCGGCAGAGCGGCCAGAAAUCUCGCAGCCCUCUCCAGAGUGGCAAGCGGAGGCUGAGAGCAGAAGGCCUCCCCCUUCCUCGCGAGGCGUCCCACCCGCAGAAGGCCAGGCGGAACCUGCUGGGCUCUUUCUCCGCCUGCGAAGAGCCACGCGACCCCCACGUGGACACCUGGGUCCUCCGGACGCUGGGCCUCAAAGACCUUGACACGAUUGACGAGUCGCCUGCUUCAGCUAACUACAGUGCCUUGACCCCGGAGCUUCCUCUGGGCUCUUUCAUUGGGGACCCACCCGAGGCAACGAACUUUGGGUGCAAUGACAGCCAGCCAGCUGUUUACAGGUGUGCCACUUUGCUGUCCGCAGACAGGACGAGCGGCAUGAGAGAAGAGCCUUUGGGUCAUGCACCCGACCCAUCUUGCCAUUUCUUACUGCCUGAGAAUAAUUACCCUCCACUGCCUUGUGGGCUGCCCUGCUGGUUGGACGCCUCUCCCAGCCCAACGGAGGUGGCUUUCACCACCUCCUUGAGCCCCCACUGCAACGUCAAAACGCACACCUUCCGCCAGGGACAGGCUUUCGUGCGCCGGGAUGAGGAUGGAGGGUGGAAGCUGACUUGGGUACCCAAGCAGCCUGAGUGAAGGAUCUCUUCCCUGUCCAUCCCCCAAACCCCAAACCCACCUCAGCACUGCCAGGAAAACAAUGUGUUUACAAAUUAAGAGUGAUAAAAAAUAUUAAAGGCCCUAUUGCAUUUCUAUUGAGAAUGGGAGGGCCUGGGAUUAUCGUUGCUACUGCUAGUCUGAGACGUAGCUGUGGAAAUCUAGCUCACUGUCCAGAGGCAAAUUGCAGCCACCCAUCUAUGGAUCAAGGCUGAUUGAUGCGGACAGUCAAACCACGAGCAGUGAGCAGGUGGACCGCAGGCAGGUGAUGCUCUGUGCAAGUUUGCAAAGCUACAUGACUCCUGCCGGAAA